CGGUGCACUGUGGGAUGGAAACCGGAGCGGCGCGUCCUGAAGGGACCGGGCGGCGGCGGGGCCGGCGGCGGCCAGGGACCCGGGCUUAGGCUCGGCUGAGCCGGCUGAGGGGCGCGGGCGGCCAGCGGGCAGCGGACACCGUCAUGAACGCGGCGGUGGUGAGGCGGACGCAGGAGGCGCUGGGGAAGGUGAUUCGGAGGCCGCCGCUGACAGAGAAGCUGCUGAGCAAGCCCCCGUUCCGCUACCUGCACGACAUCAUCACGGAGGUGAUUAGAAUGACUGGUUUCAUGAAGGGCCUCUACACAGACGCCGAGAUGAAGUCUGAUAAUGUGAAGGAUAAAGAUGCAAAAAUUAGCUUCCUACAAAAGGCCAUAGACGUGGUUGUAAUGGUGUCGGGAGAGCCACUGUUGGCCAAACCAGCCCGAAUCGUGGCGGGGCAUGAGCCUGAAAGAACAAAUGAGCUGCUCCAGAUAAUUGGAAAAUGCUGUCUCAACAAGCUCUCUAGUGACGAUGCGGUGCGGAGGGUUUUAGCUGGAGAGAAGGGAGAAGUGAAAGGCCGGGCCUCACUGACCUCAAGAUCUCAGGAACUGGAUAAUAAGAAUGUGCAAGAAGAAGAGUCCAGAGUUCACAAAAAUACAGAGGAUAGAGGAGACUCUGCAAUAAAAGAGAGAAGUACAAGCAGAGAUCGAAAACAGAAGGAGGAAUUGAAAGAAGACAGCAAGCCAAGAGAAAAGGACAAGGACAAGGAGAAGGCCAAGGAGAACGGUGGAAACAGACACAGAGAAGGGGAGAGAGAGAGAGCCAAAGCCCGGGCCAGGCCAGACAGCGAGCGACAGAAAGACAGAGGCAACAGGGAGCGGGACAGAGACUCCAAGCGCGAGAAGGAAACAGAGAGAAAGAGUGAGGGGGGGAAAGAGAAGGAGAGACUGAGAGACAGGGACCGAGAGCGCGACCGGGACAAAGGGAGGGACAGGGACAGACGGAGAGUGAAAAACGGGGAGCGCUCCCGGGACCCGGACAGGGAGAAGAAUGGAGAGCAUGACAAACCCGAGAAAAAGUCAGCAAGCUCAGGGGAGAUGUCUAAAGAGUUGUCUGAUGGAACUUUUAAAGACUCCAAGGCUGAAACAGAGACUGAGAUUUCCACUAGAGCAUCCAAGUCAUUGACAACAAAAACAUCAAAACGGCGAUCCAAAAAUUCAGUGGAAGGAAGAAGGGACCCUAAAACCAGUGAAAAUAGUCUUUCCCCUGAAAAAGAACAUAACUCUUCCUACUGUAAAGCUAAGAAGGAACAUAGCAGGAAACAGCUCGGAAGGAAGGAGGAUAAUAUUUCAGCUAAAAUUUUAGACUCCAUAGUGUCUGGAAUAAAUAAUGAGCCAAAUCAGGAAACGACAACUUCAGAAAUAGGAACAAAAGAAGCUAAUAUUAACUCAACUAGUAUUUCAGAUGAUAAUUCAGCUAGUCUGCGGUGUGAGAAUAUUGAGCCUGACCCCACAGAGAAGCAGAAAGGUGACUCCACCAGUGAUGCAGAAGGAGAUGUUGGACCUGCUGGCCAAGAUAAAUCUGAGGUGCCAGAGACUCCAGAAAUUCCUAAUGAGCUUUCAUCCAACAUCAGAAGAAUUCCUCAGCCUGGGAGUGCAAGACCAGCCCCUCCCCGGGUCAAACGGCAAGACAGCACGGAGGCGCUACCAAUGGAUAGGUCAGGGAGUGGUAAAACCGUCUCAAAUGUGAUUGUAGAGUCACACAAUUCUGACAAUGAAGAGGAUGAUCAAUUUGUGGUGGAAGCUGCCCCUCAGCUCUCUGAAAUGUCAGAAAUUGAAAUGGUAACAGCAGUGGAACUAGAAGAAGAGGAGAAGCAUGGUGGACUUGUGAAAAAAAUUUUGGAGACGAAGAAAGAUUAUGAGAAAUUGCAGCAGUCACCCAAACCUGGGGAGAAGGAGCGAUCUCUCUUUGAGUCAGCAUGGAAGAAGGAGAAGGACAUCGUUUCCAAGGAGAUAGAGAAGCUCCACGCGUCCAUCCAGACCCUGUGCAAGUGUGCACUUCCCCUGGGGAAGAUCAUGGACUACAUCCAGGAAGACGUGGAUGCCAUGCAGAAUGAGCUGCAGCUGUGGCACAGCGAGAACAGGCAGCAUGCUGAGGCAUUGCAGCAGGAGCAGAGAAGCCAACACACAAUGAGAUGAGAGAGUGAUGAGCCGCUGGUUUUGUUCUCCCUCAGUAUCACAGACUGUGCUGUGGAGCCCUUAAAGGCUGAGCUCGCGGAGCUGGAGCAGCUGAUCAAAGACCAGCAAGACAAGAUCUGCUCUGUGAAGGCCAACAUCCUCAAGAAUGAAGAAAAAAUCCAGAAAAUGGUAUAUAGUAUCAAUUUGACUUCCAGAAGGUGAACACUCAAAAGUUUCAGAGAUGAAAAGUCACCUCAGUUUAAAAGCAAAAAGGAAGAUAGAAAAUCAUUACUCUUUUAAGUUCCAGUUUGCUAAGAAAAUGAACAGUUUACAGUGUUAUUAUCCAGCUAAUUUUCAGAGCUUUAAAACUGUAAGCAUGUUAAGUGUAUUAAAAAAAACAUGUUUUCUUACCUCCUUCCAGAUGGAAUACUGGCUAGUUAUAAAUAGCGCUUCCAAACACCUCUGUGAAAAGUUUUUUUGAAAGCCUGUUCUUUGUGUUUCUGCUGUAACCUGUUUAGUUCUGUACUAGAACUCUCUAGCAGGUAAGUGGUGUGGGCAUACCAAGGGAACAGUAGUCCUUUAUUUUGGUUUAGUGGAAAGACUUUCAGAGCUCCGUGCCGAAUGAAGGAUGACUGUGUACUUUUUGAUAGGCACUUGAUAAGUAGAAUGAGGCCUGAAAAUGAAUACAUUAUAUUUUUAGUUAAUUUCCAUUUGAAAGGGCUAAUCUCAGCCUGUCUGCAUAUAAGGUACCUAUCAACUGGAUUGUUUUCGUUUUUGUUUUUUGACCUCUUUGUAAUUGCAUGUACUUCUCUAUGUAAUUUUCUUCUUGAUCUCUACUAUCUUUUGCUUGUGUUUCUAGUCCUUAAAGUUCAUCAAUUUAAAAAGGAGAUUUCAGGAUGGCCUUUAUGGACAUUGUCUGGACAUACAUCCUCACUUUCUUCAGCAUUUUACCCUGGUUUUCCUCAGACAGAGGCUAGCGCAGCCCCCCGGAGUCCUUGUUUUCCUUAAGAGAGUCUCGCUCUGCAAGGCGUUGGUGUCAUGCCUUUUCCUUUGCGUGGGUGUGCACACCUGAGAGACGGGUAGCUUAGGAAAAACAACAUAAGGAAGACUUAAAAGGAUGCACUGAUUUAUGACGUUUUUUGAUGUUAGCCAUUUUUUUGGAAAUUGUUUUUUAAAGCAAAAGUUUUUUAAAAAACAUAGUUUAUAGUUUUUCACUUACAUAUACUAUUGUAAAUACUUAGCAGAGUCUGAAGUUACUGUAUAAAACAUUUCAUUGUGUUUGAAGACAUACUUAUGGGUCUUAAGGUCUGGGUCCUAAUACUUUUAAAUAGUGUAUUUAUUAUGUAAACUAAGGAGUGCCAUUUAAAGUGUGAGGAUUGCCUGAAAAGGUUUUGUUUCUUUUUUUUUUUUUUUUUGAGAUGGAGUCUUACUCUGUCGCCCAGGCUGGAGUGCAGUGGCGCAAUCUCGGCUCACUGCAACCACCACCUCCUGAGUUCAAGUGAUUCUCCUGCCUCAGCCUCCUGAGUAACUGUGACUAUAGGCGCACGCCACCACGCCCGGCUAAUUUUUGUAUUUUUAGUAGAGAUAGGGUUUCACCAUAUUGACCAGGAUGGUCUCCACCUCCUGACCUCGUGAUCUGCCUGCCUCGGUCUCCCAAAGUGCUGGGAUUACAGGCAUGAGCCACCGCUCCCGGCCGGGUUUUGUUUCUUUAAGGAUUAGCACAAAUGGCACCGUUGGGUUUUUCUUCAUACAAUUUCCAGAAUAAAUUCUGUACCAAGGUUGUUAUAUGAUUUUCUGAGCUGUAUAAGUUCAGGAGCAGAUUAUUAAGAUCUGCCAUUCUGAAACGUUGGUCUUUUUCUCUUUCCUAUAGUGCACCAUAAAAUUCUGUUUGAUCAGAUUAUAUUAAAUACAUUUUGGGGGAGUGGAGGGACAUGAGUUAAGUAGCCCUUCGUGUAUUUAUAAUCUCUUUUCUGCUGAAUCAAAUGACUUAGCCAUGACCCUGAAUGGAUCUUGUUUUACUUCAAGUUAAGAUGUCUGCCUUUUAUGAAUUUGUAUAUGUGAAUAGAAUUUGGGGGUUGCAAAAAUUGCAUACAUUGUAUGUAAGUAAAAUUUUUUAUGAAGUAGUCUGUCAAA